CUUUAACGUCAGACGUCAGCGAUGGUCAGCGUCAGCAGCAAUCGUUAUUCGUUAGUGAUCGUUAGUAGUAACCAGUAACCAGUAACGCUUGGAAAGGUUCGGUGACGCUCUCGCUUUUUGAAAAGGAAAUUCGCCACUGACUUUAAUUUAACAAUAAUGGGUCACGAAGGAGAGGUUACUCUUAUUCAGAAUUCUGAUGACUUGCAGAUUAAACUUAAAGACGCAGGCAAUAAUUUGGUGGUUAUCGAUUUCUUUGCUGUAUGGUGUGGACCAUGUAAAAUGAUUGGACCAUUGAUUGAAGAAUUGUCAAAGGAAAUGCUGGAUGUUGUUUUCCUUAAAGUUGAUGUGGACGAAUGUGAAGAUAUUGCUGCUGAAUAUGAGAUAUCUAGUAUGCCUACGUUUGUUUUUAUAAAGGAAGGCAAAGUGUUGGAGACUUUUUCCGGUGCAAAUUACGAUAAAUUAAAAAAUACAAUCCAAAAACACAAAUAAAUAAAUUAAUCGUC